AUGUCAUACUACCAGGGCAGCCAGUAUCAGCAGCAACAGCAACCUCCCGCGCACGAGGGCUAUUGGGACCAGUACCAUCGGUGGAUAUCAACUUCGAAUGGCGGGGCGCAACACCAUUAUGGGGCAGAGUACGCGCAACCGCAAGAUCAGCUACACCACUACCCGGGCCAGAGCGCAUACGGCCAACAACCUGGGGGAGGAGCAGUGCAACCGUUGCCGGCUGGAUAUCAGGAUACAUACCAGUCGCCGAGGGGGACGACCUUUGCAUCGCCUCAAGUCCAGCAGUACAAUCCUCAGGACUACAGCCAAGCGACUUACACCCAGCCGACUCAGCAGCCAGCAUACAACCCAGCUGCCUAUGCGCCAGUAGGACAAGGCCAAACCCCCGCGCAAUACAAUCCGGCCGCCUACCCCGAUGCUACUCUACACAGUAGUACUGCUGGUCCGGUAGAUCCAUAUGCAUACUCUCCUGGAAACCACACACAAGCGAGCUUCUCGCCGCGACAGCCUCGGCAAGUCCAGUCUCCAUAUCCGCAGUUCAGCCCGACUUCGCAGCAUUCAGGAUACAGCCCACAGCCGCAGUCACAAUCAUUCAACUACCCGCACAGUCCCCCGCCGCCACCACCACCUGCACAUCAUGGCUACCAAGCGCAGGGUGGAGCGCAGUAUGGUCAGGCUGCGCCAUAUCCUACGGAAACGUAUCGACCCCACGCAGGUUCUCUGUCACAGCCUGGGGCCAGCAUUGGCAUACCCAUGCCAGGUAUGACACAGAGCGACACUUGGAGGCCGUCGCCACCUUCACACUCGGGCUUUGGCCUCGGACAAUCACCAUCUCCGCGUUAUGGUUCUGACGCGCCAUCUCCGCGCAGCUCUUCACCUGUUCCCACACCUCCUGCUCAUGGCGCGCCGUCAAGGGCCAAUACGUUGGACAGACAUCCUUCAGGCAGACCAUUGCCGCCACAACCGGCUCGCAGCCCAGGAUCAGACUACUUUCCAAACAGCGGCAUGUCAAGGACCAACACUGGCUUCGCGUCAGUGAGCCGGGAUGACGAGGUUGAUCAACUGUUCGAUGAAGUUGAGGGACUGGUCAGGAAUGCCGGAAGAAGCCCUUCCAUAUCUAUAAGCCAGGCGCCCUUUCAAGCACCGCCCUAUGCUCCAGCAUACAGCUCUCAACGUGGCUCAGCGGCUUCUCGCAAUGGCACCACAAAUGGUCACUUGUCCCCUGUGGUUCGACAUCAUUCUGGCGCCGAGGCCGCAUACAGCAGUGAUAGUGACGCGGAAGCCGCCAAGGGAUUGGCGAUGAUGCAGAUGGCGGAUGAAGAAGACCGGCGGCAGAGUAGUGGCAGUCAGAUGCGCUUCGGUACAUCAGGAUCUCUGCGAACUUCGCGCCCACAGCCACCACCACCACCACCACCACCACCAGAAGGUAGCGACAGCGACGGUCCUGCUUUUGCUGGCGCGGAUCUCAGCUCAUUCGCUGGCUACGACGUGCCCAUGUCUUACGGCGGAGAACCCGCUCAACUUGCUGCAGGUGGCGAGAUCAACGGGGAGCCUCACAGCCAGCCGGCUUCGAGUCAGCACAGUUCAAUGCGAAGGUCCCACGCCUCGCAGUCAUCCCAGAUGAGCAGAGCUUCAUACGACUACAGGUCUGAUCACAUUCAUCCGUUUCCUGCUUUCAAUCCUGCCGCGCGAGUCGAAGUGGGUGGUACCGGCGGUCUCGAAGAGCCCAGCGCCACCGGAAGAAGACAAAGCUACGAUGAGGGAGAUGAGUACUCGUUAAUGGACAGUCAACUGCCCGACAGGUUCCCAGACGAGCCACCCGACAUCUCGUUCCACCAAGCCGGAACAACAUAUCCUUCUCGGCCUCUUCCUGCUGUACCGUACCCAGAAGACGUUUUGGCGCCCUUGCAAUCGGAGAGCAAAUCACUGCCGUACCUACCUGGUCAAGUGCCAUAUCCAGGUGGCCCCGAUGCGUAUGUGAGGGACGAAAGGGGCCAGUUUGUGCCUAGGUCCUCCUCGCUGGUAAGCCAUAGCACCACGCCCUUGGUGACUCAGCCGCUAAGGUCUAAGACCGAUGCCGAAGAGCGCAGGCUGCGCCAACAGCAAGCGCGGUCGUCGAUGUAUACUACGCCAGAAGUCACGCCAGAAGUCACGCCAGAAGUCACGCCAGCAAAUGUCGGCUCAGAUCUUCCAGCUUUAGGCGCUCGCCGAUUCGUGCCGUCGAAGCUAGGGGCGCCGGACUUCAAGAAGUGUGAUCAGCCAUGGGCGCUCUCCCAUUUACUGAAGUGGCUGCUUCAGGUCACUAAUGCGGAAGUAUACACUGAGCUCAAGGAGGCGGAGGUCAAGGAAGCUCUGGUCGCACUCUUUACGCACAAAGUGCCUACCAUGAACAUCGCAGAUGCAGAAGUACUCAGUACCAGGGUCGUGGAUGACAUGUUUGUCGCCGGCACACUGGUCGUGACAGAGGAGUGGGUCAAGAUUGUGCCUGGUCCUUUCUCAGGCGUCAUCUUCCAGCUAACACAGCACGGCUGUUAUGCUCCCACGGUUCACGACCAUCUAAUACAAUCAUCACGAUGCUAUGCUCCCCGCUGUCAGCGAACCUUGCGAAAGAUCAAUCUGGCAGCAGCUCCAAGACGAACAUCGCAAGGCUGGGCAGAAUACUAUGAACUGAAAAAGGAAGAUGUCGAAGGCAAGGAUAAGAAAGAGGUCGAACGGCAGAAUGUACUGCACGAGAUUGUCCAGACGGAGGAGCGGUUCAUGGUCAACUUGGACGUGCUCCGGACGCUGUACCGUGAUCAGCUUACCAGGGCAGAUCCACCAAUCAUCUCGCCCAAGCGCCAAGACAAGUUCAUACAAAGUGUCUUCGGCAAGGUCGAUGCUGUCAAGCAGGCAAACGAGGAGCAUCUACUGCCGCAGCUGAAGUAUCGACAGCAAGAACAAGGCCCCUGGAUUGUUGGGUUCAGCGACAUUUUCCGUCAAUGGGUGCGGAAAGCAAGAUCCGCGUACAUUGAAUACGCAAAUGAGUUUCCCAAGGCAGACCACAUGGUGCGGCAAGAGAUGGAGAUCAACAUAUCGUUCCGGGAAUUCACCAUGAGGAUGUCCAGAGAUGAAAGAUCAGAGCGACUGUCGCUUGACAGCUUUUUGAAGUCACCAAUCUCCCGACUGCAAAGAUACACGCUUCUUCUUGGUACAGUCUUGCGUAACAUGAAAGAAAACAGCCAAGAGAAGGCAGAUCUACAGUUAGCGCUAGACGAAGUCAAGGCCGUGACGCUCGAAUGUGAUGGUCGAGUCGCAGAGAUGCAAAGGAAGAUCGAUCUCACUGAUCUUGGUCAGAGGCUGGUCUUGCGACCCGGCAUGCAGAAGGAGGUCGAGCUCAACCUGGAGCACUUCGGACGCCAGCUGAUCCAUCGUGGAGAUCUGCAAAGGAUGGGCAGCAACAGAUUUACCUGGCUCGACUGCCAUGCUCUGCUCUUCGAUCACUACCUUGUGCUGGCCAAGACGGUCGCGCAGAGGGUGGGUGAAGGUGGCAAGACGGAGCGAUACGAUGUGUCGCGGCUACCGAUCCCGAUGGACCUUUUGCAGCUAGACAGUGUGAACGAACCACCUGUGCAGAAGUCGACGUAUCUCAAAGGCCUUUCAGUGGGGAGAUCUGCAACGCCGAACGAUCCCACCACGAUUGGCAGAACGCCUUCAAAUCAAGCUGCCGUGCCUGGUGGUCUCGUGCAUGUCAACACAAGCAUGUCGACCAACUCCCUCAAUCCUGUCACUUCACUGGAUGGCAAGGACGACCGCAUUCUGUAUCCAUUUCGGAUAAAGCACUUAGGUCGCGACACGUACCAGCUCUUCGCGCUCACUGAACAAGCAAGGAGAGACUGGGUCGACAAGCUCAUCGUCGCCAAAACGAAACAUGCUGCCGCGCUUCAUGCUCAGAACGCAGAACCAUUCCGACUGCGGGUCAUGGCCGACUCUGCCUUCGUGUUCGAUCAGUUCAGUAACAAUGGUAAAGGUGUGAACAUCAAAGGCACACCGGUGGAUCGCGCAGUGAAGGAGGUCGAGCACCGCUUCAAGGACACGGGACGCCCAGGGCCGAUCUGCAGAGCACGAGUAAAUUGUGCUACAAGUUUCUCUACACCCUAUCCAGGCAAACAAAUGGUCGCUGUUGGCACUGAUUAUGGUGUCUAUGUCGCGGAGCUGAACAACCCUCGUGGCUGGACCAAGUCGAUCAAUAUGUCCCGAGUCACUCAAGUCGCCGUCUUGGAAGAGUUCAAUCUGUUCUUACUCAUCUCCGACAGGUCGCUCAUAGCAUACCACCUCGACGUGGUAUGCCCCAAUGAACGAAACGGGCCCACGCCUGCCAAUGACUCCUCCAGAAAAGCGCCACAGAAACUGUCUGGCAGUCGAGAUGUAGGCUUCUUCGUCACCGGCAAGAUGAAAGACCGUACUCUCGUUUUCUACAAGAAGCGCGAAAACCUGAACUCCGUCUUCAAAGUCCUCGAGCCAGUCUACCAAAAGUCCACCGAGAGACGCUCCCGCACCGCAGGCUUCCUCAAACGCGGCAACACUGAGUUCUUCCGCGAGUACGACGAUUUCUAUAUCCCCACGGAAUGCAACAGCAUCAACCUCUUCCAAUCAUCCCUCGCAGUUGGCACAUCAAGAGGCUUCGAAGUCCUCUCCCUCGACAAGAAACAACCCUGGAGUGUACCCGAACUCAAAACAGACCACGUCCAAAACAUCGCCACAACAAUCAAAGACAUGCGCCCCAUCUGCAUGCUCCGUCUGAGCGAGCAAGAGUUCAUUCUCUGCUACGAGAAAUGCGCCGUCUACGCCAACAAGCACGGCGAAGUCUCCCGCUCCGUGGUCAUGAACUUUGUCGGCAACGCCCAGCACGCCGCGCUCUACGGCCCUUAUCUCGUCCUGUUCGACAACGAUUUUGUCGAGAUCCGAAACGCACAGAAUGGUCGCUUGAAGCAGAUCAUUGCAGGCAGGGAAGUUAAGUGCCUGGAUGAUGGGACGAAUUGGAGUGCCAACGGUCCUGUGGAAAAGCAGGCUAAUGGAGUUGUUAAUGGGUUCGCGGCCGGUGCGGGCAGGACGUUGAAGUUGGUUAUGCAGCAUCCGGAGAUAGAUAAGAAUCAGAUUGUGGUGGAGUUGUUGUUGAAUGAGAAUAUGAAGGAAUAG